GUUUUCCUUUCCGAUGGUGCAUGUAUAUGACUUGACAAUUACGGCACCUCUUCGAAUAUAAUAUUUUUAUAAACAGAAAAGACUAACCACUAACAAUUGUUACUCGCAAAAGGUUUAAGAAAAGUCGAAAACAUGAGUGCUGCUGGUGUUUCUAUUGAGUCGCUAGACAAAGAUCAAAUUAAAACGUUUUCAGAUUUUCUUCUUUCGUACAAUAAACUCUCUGAACUUUGUUUCGCUGAUUGUGUAACUGAUUUCACAGCCAGAAGUGUGAAACCAACUGAGGAAAAGUGUGCACUGAACUGCAUGGAGAAGUACCUGAAAAUGAACCAGAGAAUAUCCCAACGUUUCCAAGAAUUCCAAAUGUUGGCCAACGAAAAUGCGAUGGCAAUGGUACAGAAGGCUGGAUCGUCCGGUUAAUUUUGUCGAUUUUAUUAUAGGAAAUUUGCGUUGAAUUAGAACUUGUUUAAAUGAAA